AUGUGCCCGAAUCUACAGAUUACUCAUGGAGGCGUAGCUGGUGACACCAGAAGGUGUGAAAACGAUCUCUGUGAUUGCUGCAUGCAAUGGCCUAAACAAUCGAAAGAAAUGUCGUUGCUUAGUUUGGAAAAUCGACCGCUUGAUGAAUAUUGGUUCUUCGCCGAUCGUUGGUUACCACCUCGUGAUGAAAAAGGUGGUCAAAGUUUCUGUGAGCUACUACCCGCAAAGGCCGAUGGAACACCUCUUUCAACGGAGAGACGAACUAUGUAUCAAAUUCGUCUCAGAACGGGAAAUCUGUUCGGUGGAGGAACAUCUGCUCAAGUCUAUUUAACGUUAAUUGGGGAAAAAUCGGAGUCUGGGGAGUUUAUCUUCCCCAAUUCUAAGGGACUCGUUUUCGCUAAAGAUCGUGAGGCAGUUUUCAAGGUUGAGGCUAUAGGCUUGGGAGAAGUGAGAAAAAUUCGCCUACGACAUGACAAUAGUGGCCCAAGUCCAGACUGGUACUUACAAGAGGUGAUAGUGAGCGCAAAUGAGAACGGUGACGAACGCACCUACUACUUCCCCUGCAAUCAGUGGCUGACCGCCACUACUGACGGUUCGGGUCGUCUAUUACGCGAGUUCACAGCCGCCUCAACGACACGGAGCCGUGCCAGAUCAGCAAACAUAUCUGUCACCAUAUUCUACGAGUUCAAGAUCUACACGAGUGACAUCGUGGAUGCUGGGACGAAGGCAAGCGUUUUCGUCGUACUGUGUGGCUCAAAGGGACGAAAGACGAGUGAAGUUCAAUUGAAAGGUGUCUUCAAACGGGGUGGUUGUGAAGUUCUCCAUGUGGAUCUUGAAGAUGUAGGUGAACCUCUUCAAAGUCUGUGCAUCAAACUCCACAACCAAGGCUCCAGUGCAGCUUGGCAUUUGGAUCGCGUGGAAGUCCGACCAAUGGGAAGUAAAUUGCCUGCUGAUGAAGUUUACAUUUUCAAAUGCAAUCGCUGGAUCACAGAUUUGGACAAGACAGGAGUAAUUCUGAAUGCCACAACAGGAAAACGCCAAUUGUCGUCUGCUGCGUUCGCGGAAGAGACAAAUACCUAUGAGAUCACAUUCACAACAGGUUCUAUAUCAAAUGCUGUUACCCCAGUACGUGCCUACCUCUGCUUAAUUGGCGCAGAUGGACGUACGGAGGAGAGACAGCUGGUGCCAGUGAAAGAUUCCACCGAACCUUUCCAACCUGGGAAGACGGAUUUAUUCAUCUGGGAGGGAGUACCGUUGAGGGAGGUCACUAAAAUAUGCCUACGGCAUGACAAUACCAGUUUGUCACCGAAUUGGUAUGUCGAUAAGGUAAAUGUCCGUCAAAUUACAUCUCAGAAGAGCCAAGAGCCAACAAAGACAUUCAUUUGUAACCGAUGGAUCAGCAGUAGCAACGAGGAAUUCAUUCCCAUGUCCUAUAAAGUAUCAACACCCUCACCUGCGCCCUCUCUGGAUAGCCGCAGGUUUGACCUACCUGAGGCAAAUUUUGAACUUCCAACAAUACCGUCGCUUGGGAAACUACCUCCCAUACCUUCGGAAUCAUCUGUGCCAUCACUACCACUUGACAUGCCUUUGCCGUCACCUCCACCAAUAGAUCUCAGUGGCAGACCGCAGAUCGCGACAGUUCAACAGGAAAGUAAUGAUAUGGUCAUGAAAAUGCCAUCCAGUUCCCAAGAUCCACUGCCUCCAUUGUCUCCUACUGAGGAAGAAGAGGGACUGCGACUUAGUGCUAUCCCAAAGUCCACUACAAAUAGCGGUAAUAUUGUCUCUCAGAUUGAAGCCGAGUGGGGAAUCACCAGCGCAGUUCUUCAACGCGAAGAUGAAUUGACAAGCAAACAAUACUACUUCACUGAAUGGCAAUUUGAAGAAGUUAAUCAACAAACUUAUCGGUGCAGUGAAAUCACCUCUUUUCCACCGGCUAAACCUUCUGUGACAUCUUAUAAAAUUCGGAUAAAGACAUCGGAUUUGCCGCAUGCUAAUACCAAUGCGAAUGUCUACCUUCGUUUGAUCGGUGAAAUUGUUGAGUCGGCAGACAUUCACUUGAAGGAGUCAGAGACAAAUAGGACUUCCUUUGAAAGAGAUCAGAUAGAUCAAUUCACAAUCAAAAACUUACCCAAUCUUGGCGAACUGACAGGCUGUCGUCUAUGGCAUGACAACCGAAUGCCUGCUGGAGCAUGGCAUUGCAAGUGGAUCUACGUGGUCGAGGUGCCUCCAGAAGGCAGCCACCUGUCACCUCAAAGCUGGUACUUCCCUUGCAAUCGAUGGCUGCGAGGUGACGGCCGUUCUCAGGUCGUACCUCUUGAUCUACUGCCUCUAGAUGCUAAGGCGGCGCCUGCUCUAGCUUUUUGUGAACCCGAAACCAGUAAUUCACCCCAAGCGGAAGAAUUGAAGAUAGCUCAGCAUCCCUCUGAAAGGAUUGAUGAAACAGGUUUGCGAAGUCAUUUGUCAUCUUCCAUAUCGGCGAUUUUAACCAAUGUUGAGAUUCGUACCAGUUAA